CUCCGCGAACAAAGAGGGAGCGAGCGGCGCGGCGGGAGGGAGGAGGCAGGCAGGAGGCGGGGGGUGCCGGCCAUGAGGGGCCGCCGGUGAGGAGGGAGCCAGGCGGGCAGCGGCGCUCCAUGGCCGGCGGGUCGGGGUGAGGUGAGGCGAGGCCAGGCGCGGCGGGCAUGGCGGGCGUCAGCUACUCGCCGCCCUGGUGGGUGAGCCUGCUGCACCGCCUGCCGCACCUCAGCCUGCGCUGGGAGCUCACCUCCGCCGACUUCCGACCGCACGACGCCGAGUACCAGCAGGCCCUGUUGCUGUUGGGUGGCAUCGCGCUCUCCUGCCUUGCUCUGGACCUGCUCUUUCUCUUGUUCUACUCGUUUUGGCUGUGCUGCCGCCAUCGGAAGAGUGAAGAACAUCUAAAUGCUGACUGCUGCUGUACAGCAUGGUGUGUCAUCAUUGCAACCCUGGUGUGCAGUGCUGGAAUUGCUGUAGGCUUCUAUGGGAAUGGAGAGACCAGUGACGGCAUUCACCGGCUGACGUACUCGCUACGCCAUGCAAACCGCACUGUGGCUGGUGUCCAGGACAGGGUACUAGAUACUGCAGUGGCCCUGAACCAAACAGCAGAACCAAACUUGCUUGUCCUGGAGGAGAUGUUCACAAAGCAGACCGACUACCUGCAUGUUAUCCAGAAACUGCAAGGUCUCUUGGAUGAGCUGGUCAGGCAAACAACCGAGAUCCCCUUUUGGAAGAAUGAAGAGCUGUCUCUGGAGGAGCUGGCAAUUCAGAUUGACCUCUAUGACUGGUACAGGUGGCUGGGAUACCUGGGCCUGCUCCUCUUCCAUGUCCUGAUAUGUUUGCUGGUGCUCUUUGGGCUCAUUAGAAACUCCAGGGCCAUUCUUAUGGGGGUGUGCUUGCUUGGGGUGUUUGCCCUGAUUGUCAGCUGGGGAUCCCUGGGUCUGGAGUUGGCUGUCGCUGUGGGCUCCAGUGACUUCUGUAUUAACCCCGAUGCUUAUGUCUCCAAAGUGGUUGAAGAGAAUGCAGUGCUUAGUGCUGAUACUCUCCGCUAUUACAUGACCUGUAGUGCUGGAUACCCCAACCCUUUCCAGCAGAAGCUGUCAGCAAGUCACAAGGCUCUGGUAGAAAUGCAGGAUGAUGUUGUGGAACUCAUGAGGUCAGCGAGCAGAGAGCACCCAACCUCCAAGGAGUAUCUUACUCGGAUCCAGGAGGUUUUAAAUUCAACAGAGAUCAACUUGCAGCAACUGACAGCUUUAGUAGACUGCCGGAGUCUGCAUUUGGAUUACGUCCAGGCUUUGACGGGCUUUUGCUAUGAUGGAGUGGAAGGCCUCAUCUACCUGGUUCUCUUCUCCUUUGUCACAGCCCUCAUGUUCAGUUCCAUUGUGUGCAGCGUCCCACACACUUGGCAGCAAAAGAGAAGCUCAGAUGAUGAUGGGGAAGAAGAAUCAGCUGCUCAAGGGAGUAGACAAACACACGAUAAUCUUUACAGAGUGCACAUGCCCAGCCUCUAUAGCUGUGGGAGUAGUUAUGGCAGUGAGACCAGCAUUCCAGCAGCAGCACACACAGUCAGCAAUGCUCCUGUCACAGAGUACAUGAGCCAGAAUGCAAAUUUCCAGAACCCCCGUUGCGAGAAUACCCCGCUCAUUGGCCGGGAGUCCCCACCUCCCUCAUUGUAUUUGGCUGCCAUGGACAGUAGCAGCCAUAUGAGCUGGCAGCUUAAGCCCUCGGACAGUGCACGGACAUACUGGUAACAGCGCCCGCAAAUGGAACAGUACACCUCCAGCAUGAGAGCCAAAUACCUCGCCACCAACCAACCUCGUCCAGAUGCUGGCAGUGUGCAUUAAAAUGAAAAAGCAAAAGCAAAAACAAAACCCACACAUGCAGUCAGACUAAACAAUGUGCCAACUGCUGUGCCCCUGUGCUGUCCUCGUAGAACAAUCCUGCUGUUCUGCCCAAAAUCCAGUGCAGCUCCUCCUGUCUCUCCAGUCCAGACCACCCCUCCAACCUGGUACCUGUCCACUGGAGUGGAAGCUCCUUUUGAAUUUAAGCCUUCACCUUGUUGUACCUGCCUGAUGUGCAAGAGAGCAAGCACGUGCAGGCAAGCCACUGAGAGCCCCCAGGCAAGAAACUGGGUCCACCACUGAUUAGAGUAGCCUAUCUGAAAGAGUUGGUGAAUAUCUUCUGUUCCCCCUUUAUUUUGCUCCCCUUCUGUUCCCCAGAGGGGCUCAGUGAAAGAUGGUCGUGAUCUUCACUUCUGCAGUGGCAUCAGCAGUCUGUCAUACACUGAAGAAGCCUGUGACUAGCAUACAGCGAGGGAAUGCUGAGUCAAUGCACAAUGCAGCAUUGUGGUGGGAGUCCUCGGUCUAGUACCCGGUGUGAGGGAGGAGGGAAACUCCUGCCUUAUGGUGUUACUGCAUAUCCACUGUUGUUUGGGAGUCUGGGGCUCUUCCAGAGCAACCCAGUCCUCUGCCCUGGUUAACUUUAAAAAGAAACAUUAAGAAAAUGCCUUUUUCAUUCCCACUGUAUCUGGCUUGUGAAUUCUUGAGGAGGAGCAAGGGGUCCCAGCACCAGUGAACUACCCUGUCCAUUGCUCUGAACCUGACCUCUCUGCUCCACCAGGGAAGCCCAGGUAUUUGCAGGUGGCAUUCUGGGUGCUGCCUUUCUGAGGCCGCCACACAGAUCAAGCAGGAGCCAGCCACCCUCUUGGUGCCAAAUUUUUCCAGGAAAAGACUUGUAAGACUUUAUGGGGAAUAUUUUUGCACUGAAGAGUUUCAGCUCUCUGAUGCUAGGUCUUACGGGACAGCCAGCUUGCAAAAGCGAGAGAGGCUGGAAGCAGCAAUGGAUUCAUAGCAAAUGCAAGCUCUCCCUGCAGCGGUAACCUGUGAACUCUGCUGGACUUUCUAUUUUCUUAAGAAAAAAAAAACAAUUAAAAAUCAUGAUUUACAGCACAGAGUUGCUGAACUGGCAUUGAAGGAGGUUUUUGGAGCCUCAGUCCUAACAAAGUCACACCGUUGUCAGUAUAUCUUCUGUGUUCCAGGGUCAGAAACCCGAAUGACAUCUGGAGAACAUUGUGGCUGUCAGAACAAGUUAUGUUAUUCUAUUUCAUUUCAUUUUGUUUCUCAAGGCACAUUGCUGACCACUAUCUGACCGUCUUAAGGCACAUGUAGGGCAUUUUUCCUAGACGUGAGGCUUGCAAAGGGGCAGUUGGGGUGCCUGGAAGAGGGCAACAUUCUCCAUUGGUGCUGUACUUCCCAUUGAAGAGCAGGGCUCCAAAGGGCACUGACAGCUUCCUACUGGAAGAGGAGACUGCCUCUUGGGAUGUGCUGUGGAGUACUGCCCUUUCAGUAAGGUAGUGAUGAUGUUCCUUUUUACCUCUGAGCAUGGGCAUCUUAGUGUAGCUGCUGAGCAUUGCAUUAAAGAAUUGGCAGAGGAAAUAAAGUGGGAAAUGUCUCUCAAACUGGAGUUGAGCCAUUGGCAGAGGCAGUUGGUCUCCACCUCAGUGAUGUUCAGACUCUGUGUCUGUUUACCCCAUGGUUUUGCUCUGUGAGGCACAGAAUCUACCAAUCUGCCUUUACUCAAGUCAGUUGCCUUCUUGCAGUGAGUAGGAAUUGCUCCUAGCAGGUAGCUAAUGCAGAUGAUGGAUUCUGCUGUAGAAUGGUACCAGUUCUGUGGAAGAGCAAGCUUUGAGACUCUUACUUAGAUAGAAACCACUAAUAGACUGCAAAAGCUGUUACCAUGCAAUGGAGUGAGGGAAACAGGAAAGAGGUACCACCAUGCAGACAGGAAUAGAAGGUUUUGGAGAAAACUUCACCCUAACACUCUUUAAACAGAAUUUUCUUGCUCAGGACUGAGUUUGCCCUUUCAGACAUGGGCUUCACACUGAAACAUACCUCUGUGUUAUCAAACAACAAGGGCAGGGAAAUGUAGUCACAAGUGGUAUGGAGAGACACUGUGGCUCAUGAGCACCAUUUCCACCCUGUCUAAAAGCCUACCAGAAGAGCUGGUGUGCAAGCAUGUGGUGUGGUCAGCUUUGCAGGGCUCAAAGCGCACAACUGCUAUGUGGGGGGAGCUGAACAUUCCCCUUGCUUUGAAGAAAGAAGCAAGAGCCAUAUAAUCCUUAUCAAGACUGAGCUGUUCUGCCAUCAUCUCUCUUUGCAAGGAUGUGUUUGGAUCACUACUUGCACUGUCAGUUCUAGGGGAGCUGCCCUAAAAUCUGUGGCCCUAUCCUGCUCAUUGAAGGCAAGUGUUUUGAAGGCUGGAGGGUGUGGGGAACCCUGUGUAAACAAGUGCUUCUGUAUAUUGAAUUUUCUGUAUACAGAAUGCAUCCUGAACAUGCGUGUGACUGCACUUUGGGUUGGAUCUAAAUUGCCACGCUGGUAUUGUCUGUGCCAGCAGGGCUACCAAGGGAGCGAGCCUAUGCCUUUGUGUUUGCAGCAUCUAAUGGAGCAGCCACCUCGACUUGCUUCCUUCCAAGGUUUGGCAUAGCCACUUGUAACACCCAGAACAACUUGUGACGAAGUCUGGGGCUUGCAGCAAGGCACAGAUGUGGAGAUACGUGCUCUGUGACUUCAAAACAUAACUGGAAAGAAUGUUCCGGAAAUAACAUUUUGCUCUCUAGAGGCCAGCAUAACGUGACUGCAGUGUGAGCUGUGUACCUUUGUCCAGCCAGCACUUCCUUUACUUGACAUGGAUAUUGCACUUUUGUAAAGCAUCCUGGAACUCUGCUGCCCCGCUGCAUGCUGUGCAGAGCGCUGGAUAGGAAACACAGACAAAUGGGUUUCUUUUGGGUUUAUUAUUAUUACUACUUUUAUUUUUUCUUCUCUUUUUUUUUGUUUUUACUGGAACCUUGAGCAACAGUGUGGCAUUCCUGCGGGCUGGUCUGAACGGAUCUGCUGAAGAACAGAUGGCCUUUGCCUAUUCUUAUGGCUGCGACACAGUCGGUCUCAUCCAUAUGGUCACAUUCUGUCUGAGGAGCAGACUUUCCAAAGCCAAGGUCUCCCAGGCUCUGUGCCUCCCUCUCGGGUGAACAGCAGGUGCUAUCUGGCGAAGACUCAUCUGUUCUAGAUGGCAUUCAUGGUUGAGGGAGUCCAAACUCUUCAAGCUGUAGGAGGUAAAGCUGUAGAGACUCCUCUCUCUUCCAUUGUGUCUCUCUUGUUUUUAAUGUGACAAAACACCAAGGCCAUAUCACUUGGUGUAUCCCAGCUGACCUUAUUGGAACAUUACUCUUAAUGUUACUGGUUGCUAUCAAAAGGGUCCAGAAUUCAGGGGAGAUGAGAUUGGCCUCUGGACACUUCACUGACUGCAACGUGGAAGGCAGCUUGUCCGGUUGAAGGUGACUCCAUCGGUGAAGACACUUCAUGUUACUUUUUCAGAAGCACAAAUGUGGCCAUUGGCUUGUCUGGUUGGCUUGGUUUAUUUCCACUGCAUCAUCAUGUGUGAAUGACACUUUCUUUUGGAACUGAGAACUCUUCCAAGCACACAAACAUCUCCACAAUGUGAAAUGUAAAUAGCAUGUUGGACUCUCAUGUCCAGUGUUCAAGACUGCAUUGUAAUUGUAAAGGAAAUCGAAUCAAGACUUGGCUGUGAAUUUCUUGUGCUGUCUUGGGAAUAUAACUGUAGUGUUUGUAUCCUGUAUGUAUUAUUAAACUGAGUUCAUUUUAUGUGCUGAUAAAAGGGUUCAAGCUAAGGUUUUUAGCGUGCAUCCAUGUACCCAAAUGUGAAGGAUGGAGUGCUCCCUUCCCCUCCUGUCCUUUUUCAGUUUUCUCCAUUUGAUAGCUGUUAAUUUUCCGUGUACAGUCAUCUCAGCCAAGAUGCAAGGGUGUUCAUUUGAGUGCUUUGAUGGGGACACAGUGCAUGGGGUUUUAAGUGAUCCUAAGUUAGGAUUUCCAGAGCUGUUCCUUGAAAAUACAUGAAAAAGUUUGGCCUUCCUGAGAGUAAACCCAUUUCUCGGGGGGCUGCGUAGCCAUUACUCACAAGAGCUUAGGGUGCUGCAGGGUGAUAGCAGACAGGAGAGGGUGGAUAAACCCUUGCUUCACCCCUGGUCCCACCUUUUCCUUCCAGCAGCAACUGAAAUACCAUGCUGAGCCCUUUGAAGAAGAGAGGUGUCUUGGCUUGUUGCUUGUAGCCACCCAACCUGAUUCAGGAGUAGAUGAGGUGGGAGCUAGGGAGAGGAGCUGGCUUUGAAGUACUUCCUAUCUGGGGACCAAGGAGAAGCCAAGGACUUUCCCCAGCUCAACAAGUCUGUGUUAGUGUAACGCAGUGAAUAUCUCUGGGUAGGAGGGGAAAAGCCCUCCAGGGAGUAGAUCUAAUGGCUUGAGAGAACAGACCUGACCAGACUUCAUUUGUACCUUUAAAACCAGGUGGCUUCUUUCAUCGCAGCCCGCUCCCCUCUUCUAGAUACUGUUGUGUGCAUGCUAUGGAUGGCUUCCCCAGGAGGCCUGGACAUGUGGGAUGUUUCGGUAGCAGUUCCUAGGUGGCUAGCAAGUGAUCUGUGCUUUUUUGGGGGGGGAUCUCCUGAUGGUGUUUCCCAGUUGGGAGAGAAAAGGAGUGGGUUACUGGUGGCCUGGAGCACCCGGGUGUUCACCCAGCCCCUGCAGCUGCAUGCAUGAACAAAGUGGAACAUAAAUUGAUGUACAACCAGAACGUUCAAAACACUCCUUUCCUAAAGAGGAUAGAUAACUGUAGCAUGAAGCUCUUAGGUGCUCUGCAUAUUUGAUACCACAUUGCUCCUCACUAUGCAAUUCCCGACUCCUUCCUUCCUGUUCCUCCUCUGAUCUCACACCAAGACUUCUCCAGGGGCCUCUCCCCAGGAGGCCCCUCAAGUCCCAGAAAAGCUUCAUUCCCUUCAUUGUCCUCUGCAUCGGGUCCAGCUGCCCAGCGUCACGUCGUGUGCCUCAGGUCCCUUGGUAACGGGAGGCCCCAUGAGUUCUAUUCACAUCAUUCAGAGGGAAGUUUAUUUUCUUGGACACUGUGCACAGAAACCUACUGGUGAACAUGUACCUGGCCUUUUUGUAACUCUUCUGUUUGUUCUUCUUAACCAUAAUGGUUGUAUAUCAUACCACUUUAUAUACAUAUAAUAUAUAUAAAUAUAUAUAAUUUUUUUUAAGACUUUGGACCUGCUAGUUCCUUUCAAGUGUUCCUGCACUUACCCAAAACGUUUUUAAAUUGUGAGGAUUAAAGAGGAUUGAGCCCAUUUUCUUUUUUGUAUCUUUACUUUGAAUUCUGUAGUUCUCUUGAUUGUAAUGUAGCUAUUUUUUACUGUAACUUUUUGGUUUGCAAAUACUAAACAACAAAACCUAAAUGUAAUUUCUGUGGUUUCUAUUCAGCUUGGGUUUCAUGUUUUAAAAAUAAACGAUUUAAAACC